UGCAUUCAAUUCAGUUGUUAGCCAGCCUUGAGCUAACCGUCACUUUGAGUUACGUACGCGUUGUGUAUUCGAUAUUCGCGACCAAGUGUUGUUUUUGAUUCAACAAUGAAACAAACACGAUUAUUAAAGUACAUAACAAGCUAAUGUGGUGGUGAUAGUGGCGGUUGCUCAGUUGUUUUGUUUGUGUUAACAGACAAAACUUAGACAUUCCUUAUGUGAGUGAAGUGAGUUUGUUAAGUCGGAGUGAAAUAUUUGUUAAGUUGUGUUGCAAGAUGUCUUCGAGGAUGUGUUGAACCAUAUUGAAAAUUGAUUAGAAAGUUCCAUCAGCGCCAACAUGGGGACCCACCGGUUGCUUUCACCAGUUACUUGGCUGCUGAUUUGUACAGUUGGACACUACGUAAGAUGCGAGGACGAGCAACACGACGCGAGAGAGGGAGACGACGUGACGAUGCAGUGCCGGUUCGCGCUUGACCCUCUGCCCGGGGAGUCCCUCACCUACUACUGGGUGAGGAGUACUGCUUCGGGUCACGACAACGUCGCUAUUGGCAACCUGCCCUUGGAGACUAAUUACCAAAUCAUAUACGCACCAUCGGAAGGGCGCUUCGACUUGAUGGUGUCGAAUGUGACGUACGAGCGGGACAACGGUCGGUUCGAGUGCCGGGUGAAGGCGGGGGGAUCAGGCCGCACGCUGCACUCCCAGGGGCACAACCUGGUGGUGCUGACGCAGCCGCAGCCCCCCCUGCUCAACACGGGGAAGCAGACGCAGGCGCAGGAGGGGAGACAACUGAACUUGACUUGCUCAAGUACAGGCGGUUCUCCUAGCCCGGUUAUACAGUGGUACCGCGAUGGGUCCAUCCACCCCAUGGAGACGGCACUGGUGGUGGGGCGCACGCGCGUGGAGCCCACGGUGGCGAUCCUCACCCUAGAGCCCAGCCGAGAGGACGACGGCGCCAGCUUCCGCUGCGUUGUACGCAACCGGGCCAUGCGCGACGGACAGCAACUGGAGACCAGUGUGGGGUUGAGCGUCAACUAUUUCCCGCGCGUCGAAGUUGGUCCAGAAAACCCUCUACGCGUAGAGAUUGAUUUGACUGCAGAAAUGGUGUGCAAAGUUGACGCCAAACCUAAAGUUAACACUGUUAGAUGGACCAGAGAUGGAAAGUACAUUGCUAACUCGUUUAACCACAUCAUCCAAGGAGUAACAGUACAGGACGCUGGCAAAUACAUAUGCAGCGCUGACAAUGGCCUCGGGCAUCCUGGUGAAAACGAAAUAUUCUUAGACGUCCUUUACCCUCCCAGUGUCACUGUAGACUCUAAGACUUACGAAGCUGAAGAAGGCGGUACUGUAGAAAUUAGAUGUGAUGUUUCGUCUAAUCCUGAACCUAUAUCAGUCGAAUGGACUAGAGAAGGAAGAACAGAUUUCCGUCAGAAAGGAAACAUUUUAUUAUUGACAAGAGUGAACGCUGAUACAGCAGGCACAUAUAUCUGCAAAGCGGUAAAUGUUAUAUCACCAAGCAGUGGCAAUAAAGCAGAACGAACCGGAACUGCAUCUGUGGCAGUACUUGUGCGACAUAAGCCUGGUAGAGCUUACAUCAGUCCCGAUCAUCCAAUAGCUCAGGAAGGCGCGGGAGUAGUGUUAACGUGCAGCGCCAAACCUCCAGGCUGGCCUGUCCCUCAGUACCGCUGGUUCCGGGAAAUUGAAACUGGUGAUAUAAAGUCGUCAGUGCUCGCUACAGGCAAUAAAUAUACGAUACCCAGUGCACAUCUCGGCAGCGAGGGAAUGUACCACUGCCAGGCGACCAAUGAAUUGGGACACAGUGAACUAGCCACAGUUAACCUGGAAGUGUACCAACCGCCACGAUUCCAAUCUAAACUACAACCUCACGUUAUUAAAAACUCUGGUGAAAGAAACUAUUCAUUGACCUGCGUUGCACUUGGCAAACCUCUACCAAAUGUGAAGUGGUAUAAGAACAAUGCUGAAAUUCAUCCUGAUGCAAAUUUGUACGAAGUCAAAACGGAAAUAAAUGAAAGUAGAAAUGCAGUUUAUAAUAUACAAAGUGUGCUCAGAUUUCACGGAAAAGCCAGACCGAAUGGUGAUGACUUGCUACCAGCAGAUAGAGGCGUAUACUCGUGCUCUUUUGAAAAUGAAGUCAAAAAAGUAGAGUCCUCCAUGCAGUUACGAAUUGAACAUGAGCCCAUAUCAAUCGGGCAACAAAAGAAAGUCGCUUACGACCUAAUGGAAAAUGCGGAGAUCUCAUGCCGCGUACAAGCGUACCCCAAACCGGAAUUCCAAUGGUUUUACAGCUCGAACCCUGCGCCACUGCACAUGUCAUCAGACGGUCAUUACGAGAUCAUAACCACGACAGACGAAAACGAUUCAUAUUUGAGCAUACUAGUGAUUAGGAAUGUGAAGCUACAAGACUACGGCGAUUAUUAUUGCAAAGUGAAGAAUUCUCUAGGAAACAUUCGCCCACAAAUUCGGCUUCAACCGAAAGGUGCGCCAGAACCGCCGAAGAAUUUAGCCACUCAGAAGGUUGAUGCGACAUACGUGACAUUGAAAUGGGAAGAAGGGUUUAAUGGUGGGUUGUCGAGUACGAAGUACUUCGUGCUGUAUCGUCGUGUUAGGAACCCAGCCGGUGGUGAACACUGCGCAGCUGAUCGAGACGAUGAAUUCGAUUGGAAAGAAUAUGAUUGUGGACGUGCGAACCCCUGUAACGUGACACGCCUUGAGCAACAUAACUCAUACUACUUCAAGGUCAAAGCGGUAAACACAAAAGGACAAAGCAACUAUUCAAACGAACUGUCGGUGACAACCAAAGUGGACAAGAUCUUGCCGCCAGAGCACGUGACGUACAACCCUAGCUCGACGCUGAUCAGCUUCAGCGUGGGACCCACGUGUCUGCCGCUUGUUGGCGUUGUUGAGGGGCAGGGAGGUCCAGACGGGUGGCAGGUGGUAGAAACAAUAGUUUUGCGUUUGUCUGGCGUGGGAUCCAUGACGCAAGAAGCUACUUUGGACCCGCCCAACCGUGCGCAGGACUCGUUCGACUACGUGCGCCAGUACCCGCGCAUGAGGGUCAAACUCUGCUUGAAGACCAACCACAAUGUUUGCAGCGAUGAAGUCGUAGCGGAAAUUGGCACAUCAUAUACAAAGGAAGCUGUAACUCUUACAACUGCCACCGUCGUCGCCAUUAUAGUCUCAUGCCUUGUCUUCCUCUUAUUCCUGAGUCUCCUGUUUAUAUUCUGUCGCUGCAAACGCAACGAAAACAAGAAAGACACUUCAAAAGAUUACGAAAUGGACUCUAUGAGAUCCCCGAUGGGAUCGCCCCAGAAUCAAGCCCCACCGCCAUACUAUCCCAGUACUGGGAUGGAGAACAAAGCUCUCGAAAACUCUAUGGAUCUACCUUUGUCUAUGGACGAUUCAAAGAACGCUGUAUACGCUACGCAAGGAGGAUAUGGAUACCAUAUGGCGCCUCACACGCAAACACAUCCCGGCCAGAACCUGUCUAAUACCGAUUGGGUGAACAUGGGGUACAUAGAGAACAGCUACGCUAACAGCAACAAUGGUGGUAGCGUCAACUCGCAGGACUCGUUGUGGCAGAUGAAGAUGACUGCGGCUGGCAACCCUCCAGGGAUACCUUCACAUCAGAUGAUCGACCGGCAGAGCAAUUAUGGGUACGAUCCGAUCACGCACGGCGGCUACGGCACCAUCGACGACUACGCGCCGUACCCGCCGCUGCCGCACGGCACGCACGUGCCGGCGCCCGACUACGGCAUGCGCACGUCGCAGAACCCGUCGCGACAGGACUACUGCUCCGACCCCUACGCGUCUGUGCACAAACCAAAGAAACGGAUAGACCAGCAUAUCGAGUCGCCGUACCACGAAGUGAGCGGUCUGCCGGAGAGCUACGGAGGGGGUGAGGACGGCGGGGCGGAGGAGAAGCCGCCGCAUCUGUCCCUCAGCUAUGACGAGUCGCUCGAGUCAGGCUACUCCACGCCCAACUCCCGCGCACGUAGAGUCAUCCGCGAAAUUAUAGUCUAAACAUCGUAUACUACACUCAGUCUCAGAAUACGGAGAUUUAAAAAAAAUGUAGACUGAAGCUGUAGACAGUCACACUCUAAAAGGCCGUACAGACUACUUAGUAUUUUAGUCGAGUACCAACAAUUUUUGGGCGGUAAAUCCAAAAAUUGUUCGUACUCGACUAAAUACUAAAGUAGUCUGUACGGCCUUUUACUUUACUACCUAUAGGAGUAUUCUGUGAUGAGCGCUAUUCUGUAACGUUGUUUUGUAUAACGCAUGUGUGAGUUUUGAAUACACCUCUAUCUCUCUCUGUCUAAUACUAUACUAUAGAAAGAGAAAGAUAUAAGUGAUUCGAAAGUCGUACUUGCGAGUUAUACAAAACAUCGUUGCAGAAGCAUACAUUGUGGGAGUCUCCGUAUUCUUAGUAGGUACCUAUUUUAUACGCCAUCCUCCAAGUAGGUAUUAAAAAGCAUCCAAAUAACAGCAAUGGUCCUUAAAAUUCAUUUGUGACGUCCUUCAUAUUCUGUACGAUAUUUUUCAACUUAAAUACACCAGUAAGGGGUAAUAUCUAUAGAUCAAAGUUGGCCAUUGGUAAGAUGACCUAAAAACUUUGAAUGCUUUUUGAUACUGUAAAUGUAUUGUUUCUGAAAAGCAAAUUCGAGCAUUUAAUCUACUUGAUAAUAUAGGGAGACAGUUGCGAAGUAAUAGACUACUAAAGCACGGACUACCUUAUACAUAUUUUUUGACUGAAAUCAAUGCCUACUAGUGAUUAGGUACGUACUACCUAUCUUACGUUCUUGUCGACUUCGCUAUUGUUGUUCGACACAGUACGUCGAGUCAAUUACGCUGACUCGCAUGAUUGUGUAUAUUCUAUAAGAAUGAAUGAUGGGAUUCUUCCUUUAAGAAUGAUUUAAAAAAUAGCAGAAUAAGUAAAAAAUUCUGUUUGACAUGUGAAUCAAGAAAGUGUGACUUUCGCAUUUCUUAGAAACACGUCUUAUCCCCACGGAACUUUAAAAUUAAAUGGUGCAAGACAAUCGUCGCUAGUCGAGUUCUUGCUGCCGACCAAUGACAAGACAGCAAAAGUCUUCAAAUCUACCCUCAAUGUAAGGUAAUGUAAUGUGUUGAGAUUACAUUUACUAUGUAUAUAUUUACGUCACGUCAAUUAUUGCGUAUAGUUUAAACCGCCUACGCAUAAGUCUAUAUUUCUACUUAAUUUUGUGUGGUAUAAAAAUGUUUUCCACUUUACAAAGACUAUAAAGUCUGAUUAAGUUUGUAUAUAAUUCCAAAUGUGUUUCAUCAAUUGAGAUAAUUCGAUAUUAUCAAUGUCUAAUCAAGGAGUCGUGGAAAAUGUCUCCUUUCUAGACUAAAAAAAUCUCUGUAGAAUAAGUAUAAAAUGGAUUACACUAAUAUUGAUUAUCUCAUAAUUGAUUAUAAAUGAUCUCUUUGAAAUAAAUAGAUACACAAUAUUAACAUUGAUUGGUACUUAUUUUAAUGUGCCUGUCAAAUAAAUUUAAAUCUAUACUAAUUUGGCAAUAUCUUUGUAGUUUUUUUUAACCCUUAAGAAUCCUUUGUUUGUAAGGGUUAUCACGUUUGACUUGAAAAUUAGAUACUUAAGCUUAGCUUCUCUUUUUGAUUAAAAACUGUAGGUUCCACAUUCUACCUAAUUAGUAAAUUUAAGAAAUCAUUCUCUUGACUAGUGCCAUUUUUAAAAUUAUUUGAUAAAUAUUCACUUAAGUAUAGACAAAGAGUCCAUGGUCGUAAUCUGUGGUGGCUAACACUGGAAUGUGUUGUUAAAACAUAGAAACAAGUAGAAGGUAAAUGCCGUUAUAGCAAUUGGAUAUCUUGAUUCUUAAUUUAAAUAUUUGAACAUAAAGAAAAAAUAAUAACAGUGGCACACCUAUUAUAUCUUUCCAAAUAUUAAAAAUGAAGUGUACCUACAUAAAGGAUAUGAUUUUUUGUUGAACAUUUCUAAAAACUAUCUAUUCUAGGCCUGAUGAUACAAUGCCAGCGUACAGUACAAAAGUUUACCAUACUAUUUAUAGUACCAAUAUCUAUUAUCUACUUAGGAGUACGUAACAUUAAGAGGUAGUCAUACAUUUUCAUUGAAAAAUGGGUAUCCAGUUGAUUUAGCAAUCGUGGGCUCUUCGUCUAUGCUAUAAAUUUCGUCUUAAUCUCUUCUAUUAGAUUAAAUACCUAUUUCAAUCAAUUUUAAUAUUAUAUAUUUUUAGAGAUCUUUUAUAAGUCUAUUUUAAAAUGUGUAAAUGUAGAUAUAAAUUCUCUUUAUUUUUUUAUAAAAAUCUGAAUAGGUCAGAGUAAAAAGAGUUUUAUUUACAGCUUUAUAAAUUAAGGAGGGUAUUUUUCACAAACUUGAUUCGCAAGUUUAGUUAAUAAUUUUAGCUAAAGAUAUUUUGUUUCAUUAUAAAUGCAUUUUAAUCAAAUCGACAGGCUUACGCAAAAAAUCACAAAUGAAUGAUUUAAUUCAUAAAUUAGAUAGGUACCUUUACUUAAUAUUAUUUAAACGUUAAGUUUGUAUUUACUAUAUAUUAGUUAGCAUAAAAAUUAAUCAGUAAUUACUUAUAGCAUGUAUUUUUUUAUAAAAUAGGAAAUUUGAUUCUCAUAUAAGUAUAAUUUUUAACGCAGGACAGACAAUAGACUCGAAAUCUGUACUUAAAUCUCAUUUAUUUAAGUUAGUUACUAAGUAUUCUUAUUAAUAAAUACAUUAACGAAAUAGGCCCACCUUUUUCAAGUAGAUUUAACUAAAUCUUUUUUUGUAUAGCAUAUAUAGCAGGUGCUAUUUUAUUGGACUGACUCAUGAAGAAUAUAUAUUAUGUAAGAAACUGCCUUAAAAGCAAUACAGUAUACAAUUACUUUGUUAAUUUUAAGUUUCUCGACUCAAAAUAUUACACGGUCUUAUUAAAUAGGAAAUAUGCAUGUUAUCCAAGUUAAGGACAAAUAUUUUUCUUUAUAUUCCUUAACUAUAUAUAUUUACAAAUAACAAUUUUUUUUUAAUUUACUCAGUUUAAAUUAAAAUCUUUAGUUAAUAAAAAGGGUUUAAAAAUUUAAAAAAUCCCUGGAAAUUAAAUUCAUGAUACUGAAACGUUUGCUAUUGGUCAUGCCAUACAAUAAAAGCCUCCACAGUUCUAUAAUCCUCUUUGCUUCAAUAAUGUGAUAUUUUAAAACACUAUCUUACAAGAGGCAAUUUUUAUAGCUUUCAAAAAAAUUCACGUCAAACUAAUUUUAAACAUUUAUUUCUAACAUUUCAAGAAGAUUAUAAUACUUGUUUACGGUAAAGUUACUUCGCCAAGUAAUUUAAUCAUAUUGUGGUUAAGCGUCUGCUUAUUUUGAGUUUCCACCUUGUACUCAUUUACCAACUUAACUCCUAGACGGUAAUUAUCCAGACUCUUUGCUUAACUAAAUUAGUUUUAAAGCAAUAUUCUUUUACAUAAUAAUAUAGCAAAUAUUAUUUACGUAUUUUCUAAAACAAGCAUGUCGGUGAUUAAUCGAUCAAUUAAAUAUCAUAUUUAAUUAACCUAUAUACCUAAUGUAUUUACUGCCCAAUAUAUUUUUAAAUCACAAGUUUUCAACUAUAAUCUAUAAACUAGGAUUGGGCUAAUAUUUAUGAAAACUAAGUAGAUAUUUACUAUCUACAUUUUAAAAUAUAUGAUUUACACAAUACAAAAUCAAUUUGUGGUUUUUUUUUUAUAAUAUAAUACCUAGGUAUUAUAUUUACGCUAAGUUCUUUAUUAUUUUUUUACAAUAGGUAGUUACACAUAUUUCCACCUUUUCCACGUUAAAUUAAUAAUUUUUACUAAACAUUUAAUUUAUAUCACAUUUAUUGUGUGAUGUAGAUGUAUAAAUGUAAGUACCUAUAUGUUUUAGAAAGUAUUGACAUUGUUAUCAAUCAAUUUGUUUCACUGUUUUUCUGUUGAACUCUGGCCUAGUAAUUUUACGUCUAUAGGAUCGGAAUCAACAAUAUCCGAAAUAAUAUGAAUAGGUAGUUGUUUAAGGACAGGCUUGACUGCGUUGGUGCGUUCAAGUUUGCGUUUCGCCUUCCUAAAUUCAUAGUCUACUAUCGGGCAUUAGAUCUGUUAUUUAUUUGCUAUUAGAAAUAAAUAAUAGGUAAUAUCCACGGUGACACAUUCCAAAUAGGUUGCCUAGUUUUAUUGCGGCCAGACAUAUUUUUCAUACAAAAUCUAGGAAACCAUGAACUAGAUCAAAGGCAACCUAAUGCAGUUAAAUUAAGCAAAAAAAUAAGCUUUCACUUUUACAUAUUAGACGACUAAGUAACUGAUGAAGGGAUUUUAACAUUACUCAAUUUUUCAUAUCUGACAACCCCACAGUUGCAGUGUGAAAGCAGGCAACCAUUACGUUUUUAAUUAUUUUGGGUAUAUUCUAUUACCUACGGUACAAUUUUUUUUAUUAACCAAUGAGGGAAGGAGAUUCAAUAUAACAUGUGUUAUUUCUUAAAACAGAUAAAUAACAGAUGAGGCUAUAUAUUCCUUAUGCCGGAUCUUGUACUAUCAAAUGGAAGGCGCGUCCAUCGAUUUAAGAUAUAUUUCUACGCUCGACAUAUCCUUCAUCAAUGGGCGCGUUCAGAGGGCCUAGUGGUAGUUUCAUACUGUUACUAUCGCGUUAACGUAAACGCGAAUUUAUAAGGAAUUGAAACAGCGCCAUCUAGUGGCACUAAUGCGCAACCGUUUCAAUUCCAUAUAAAUUCGCGUUUACGUGAACGCGAUAGUAACAGUAUGAAAAUAUUGAAAACUCCCACUAGGCACUUUGUAGAUGGCGAAUACAAACUUGAACGCAGAUCGUUAAUGUCUGAAUGUGCAUUUUGUUAGUGAAUAUCACUUCAUCCGUCCCUUCAUUUGUGUAAUACUCAUUUUUUUUUUCAAAAUACUCUAGUCUUAUACUACUUUUACAUAUUACGAAAGUUUUUGUUAACUUAUUACUGCAUAUAUCUAAUGGCUAUGUAUGUAGUAUUAAUUUUACAAAUACUUGAAAUUUCAAAAUUCAGAAGCGUUAUAAUAAAUUUGCGAUGAAAUAGUUAUUCAAAUUGUGCAGGUAGAUUAGGGGACACAUUUUGUAAAUGAAUAUGUAUAUUUUUUAAGGUUUACUAUAUUUAGGACGCCAAACGUUUAUCGAAGGAAAAUACGCCAUAUUUUAGAUGUAAGUUCAAUAAUAUACAUUAUACUUACUACUUAUCUGUUGCAACAAUGAAAUGAAUUUGUGGAACCACUUGUACAUAUUGACUUAGGUAAUGAUUAUAACGUUCGGAAAAUAAAUGUUUCUCACAAA